AUGGCGCCACCGAUGGACCCGCCCGACGUCGACAUGGAGGUGGACCCCGCGCCCCAGCCUCCGGCUCCGGCGGUCGCUGCUGUUGGGGAGGGGUGGAGCAUGCUGUCCCGCGCCCGCGGGCUGCUCGAGGAGGGCAAGCCGUCCCUCGCUCUGCAGUUGGUUCUCCUGGCCAUAAGAUCUCAAGGUGGUGAACAAGCGCUCAUGCAGACAAUGAACCGUGCACGUGAACUCUAUGCGCAGAGAUUGCAGGCCACUCCUAGUGUUGAUGAGCUUGCCUCUUUGCUUGCCCAAUGUGCCAUAGCAGAGGCUCAGUCAACAAAUACUAACCCUUCACAAGGACCUGGAUCAGACCCUGUCGAUAUGCUGAAUUCUGAUGAGGCCUGCAUUCUUGCUGAGAGUGGAAGGAAGCAGAUCAUCCUGGAUGCGUUUGCCGAUGGGAGCAGCUUCAUCUGCCUGAAAUGUGGUGGGCUCUUUGGCACAUCUCGCAAGGAUGAGCACUUAACCUACUGGUGCGGGGCUGCAUGA